GCGCUGGCGCCGCGCUUCGAGGCGGCCUGGGGGCUCGACCCUUCCGAGGGCAUGAUUGGUGCUGCGAGGGAGAUUGGCGGCGAUACCGGCGGCACGGCAGGAGCAGCGCGACCGAUCCGCUUCGAGGUCGCCGACGCCGAGGAGCUCGCCGUCGUGCCGGCCGGGAGCGUCGACCUGAUCGUCUCGGCCGCCGCGGCGCACUGGUUCGACAUGCCGCGCUUCUGGCGGGCCGCGGGGCGGGUGCUGAAGCCCGGCGGCACCGUGGCCCUCUGGGUCGGCGGCGCGAUCCGGCCGGACGCCGACUUCCUCCCCGACCAGGUGGUCGCCGGGGAGAUCCAGGCGGCCGUGGACGAGUUCGACGCCGAGGUGGACGCGUUCCUGAUGCCCGGGAACCGGCUGUGCGUGGGGCUGUACCGAGACCUGGGCAUGCCGUGGGAUGACGGCCGCCACCCCCGGACAGACUCCAGUGCCGGUGCCGGUGCCGGUGCCGGUGAGGGUGAGGGUGGUCAAGAUGCCGGCGAGGUGUUUGACAAGGAGACGUUCCGCCGGGUGGAGUGGGGCACCCAGACUCCCGGGUCUCUCCCGAUGGCCGAGUUCCUGGCCAACGGCGGGCGCGAGGUCCCGCUCGACGCGCUCGAGAUGGUGCUCGGCACCGCGAGCUACGUGACGCGCUGGCGCGAGGCCAACGCCCACCUCGCGGGCACCGGCGCGGACGUGGUCAAGAAGUUCCGCGCCAAGGUGCAGGCGGCGCUCGAGAGGGCCGGCCUGCCGGCGGAUCGGAUCAGAGGUGGGAUGCUGGGAGUGCUCUUGCUGGUCAAGAAGAAGGCGACCUUGGAGUGAAGGAUAUCAAAUGGACAAUCUAGGUUGUUGGCGGUGAAAGAGCAGGGCCCCUCCCCCCUGUGGGAUUUGUAAUGUUUAAUAUUGUAACCUAGUAGCGCAUGUGAGAAGCAAGAUGAAAGCAUGAGGUUUCAUGACGGCGACAAAGAUGGUGUCGAAGCUCGACCCCGUUUCCUCUGCUUUGUUAAUCACGCAUAGGCUUGUCAUGGUCAAAGAGUGUAAUACAUUGGAAAACAAAUAUACUGGUUCAGUCAAA